UGCCAUUUCUUCUUCCACUUUCGAACCGAGAGAAAAAAACAGAGCAAGCGAAGUUCAGGGAACGUCGGGGGAAAAUUCUCCAGCUUAAUUCUUGAGCAUAAGUGAUCCAAAAAUCCCGUAAGUAAUGCCUAAUUCAUCCAUACAUCGUGUUUUAUCGAUUUAGAGCUUUAAAACGAGUUUUUGGUUCAGGAAUUUCUUGAAUUCCCGAUCUGCCAAAUUAGGGUUUCGGAGUAUCCGGAAGCCGGAUUGAGCCCAAAUUUCAUAUACGAGCUUCCUGCAGCGAGGUAAUCAAUCCUCUAGUUCUAAUCCCUGAAUUUCGGCUAUUAUUUAGGCCGGGGUCCAAAUGGCUGAAUUUAGCUCCGGCCAGGGUUUGAUGUGUUUUUAUCGAGAAUUUGACCCGGAGCCUAGAACUAAUAUUGACGGGGAUACUGCAGGGGAUAUUAGGACGGUCUCGGAUUUUAAUUCGGGGUUCGUUCGUGAAAUUGACGUUUUAGUACGGGAAGGUUAAACCGGUGUUUGAACGACCAGAACUGGUGAGGGAUUAGCACGGCAUACCGGGUUUGUCGUAUCACGAUAAUUAUAUUGAUGCUUAGAAUUGACCUAGGUGAAUUAGAAUGGCAUGAUUAUGGGUGUAUGGACUUCUCUGCUAUAUGAUGAACUAUAGGCUUCUGUAUGAUAUUAUUGACUUGCCCUAAUCGAUAUGGACCUUGUUUAUGUUGAUAAUUCCAUAUAUGUUGCCAGAUGUGGGUUUAAUUGUGAAUAUGCCUUAUGAUGGUUCGAGAAGGUGAUUGGAUAUGAUUUUUCAUGAUUGUUGUAUUUGGAUGCACAAGUGGGAAAAUAUAUAUUCCCUGGUGAUAUCAUGAUGUUUUAAGGAGGAUGACUUGCACGAGGGUUUAUCCCGAGGAAGUGCAACUAUACGACUCCUGGUUUACCUAUGUUGAGCCAAUUAUGGCCAGGUCAAGUACAUGUGCAAGUAAUGAAUUAUGAUUAAGCAAGAUGAGAUAUGAAUCAUGUAUAAGGAUACCAAAUAUGAGUGUUGUGGUCUCACGGUCAACUACAUAGUAAUUAGGGCUCCCUAUGCUAUUACUCUAUUAUGAUAUGAUAGUCACACCUCUCAUGUGGUGGUGACUGAAGAAUUCUUACGAGAUAUGACCACACCUAGAGUGGUGUCGGGGUAUGACUACACCCAUAGUGGUGUGGGGUAUGUAUGACCACAUCCGACGGGAUGUUGGGGUAUGUAUGACUACAUCCGACGAGAUGUGGGGUAUGUUUCCCGGGAGAGUUAUUAGCAUGGGAGUAGCCAGGCGCCUAUGAUUAAAACAUGAUAAGAUGCAUAUGCAUAAGUCAAAGUGGUUGAGUCUUUUGCUUAUUGGGAUAUGAGGAUGGCUGAGGUCCGAUCCUAGUGUUUUGGCUCGUUUGCUAGAUGUAUGGUAGGGGUAUGCUCUGUUAUGAACUCACGAUGCUAUGAUUAUCUCAAUCAGCUAUGAGCUGACCCUCUUUUAUUCUUCUUCUCUGCUUAUGCUAUGUGUAAGCAGAUCAUCAGCAGCAGCAGUAGAUAAUUGUUAGGUGGGAGAGGAGCUAGAGUUGAAGCAAGGAUGAGGUAUGGUCUUCAACUAUUCUGUGCUUGGACUACUACUCGGGAUUUUGGCCAGUGAUCCACACCUUUUUGUAAAAGAAUGUUUUGAGAACGUUUUUCAUGUGCAUACUAGCUUCUGAUGUAGUGUGAGAUAUCCACAGGUGUGGAAAGUUGAUGAUAUGUGUAUAAUGUGUAAUUAGGUAAGUAGUGAUAAUUAUAGCAUGUAUCAGUAUAGUAUGCAGUUGUGUAGUAUGAAACUGUGACUAUGGCUAUGAAAAGCCAAUGCAUAUGGUUGUGAGUAUAUGUGUUUGUCUAUGAAUGCAUGGAUUCAGAUGAAUUAUUUUGCAGGAUCAUAUGGAAGAACUGUUAGCCCAUUACGCGAGUAAUUCAUGUCAAAAUUUUAUUUAGGUAAAUUUUGAUAAUUAAUGUAACACCCGAGAUUAAUUCCGCUGCAAUUGUAUGAACAAUAUGAUUAGGCAAAACGUAUAGGGUAGGGUGUUACAGUUUGGUAUCAGAGCCCGGUUCCCUCUUUUUGCUGUUAUGGCGUACUAUACCCUAUGGGAGGUUAAACACUCCUAAGGAGGGGAGUACCCCAUAAUGACUUAAACUGGGAAUUGAGUUUGACAUGAUUAUGUGUAUUGGUAUGUUGGAUGAAAUUAUCUGCAUCAUGGUUUUCAAAAUUGAGUUUUGAACUUCUAUGUUUUCAAGUAAUUAUUUUGGAAAAUUUUUGUUUUAACCAAAUGAGAGAUUUGGUGAGGAAUGAAUUUUGUGUGGAUCAAUCUAAGGCCAAUAUUUCCUUGUAGCUCGCACGGAAGUUUUCAUAAUGUUCCUACUGACCAGUCGAGAGGAGUGGGGGCGGUUGAUGCAAGACCGCCAGUAUUAGAUUAUGCAAAGAUGAAGAGUUUGGGUGGUAGGGACUUUAAGGGAGAUGUGAGCCCAGAUGCUGUAGUAGAGUGGUUGAGAGAGAUGGAAGAUGUGUUUGAAUAUCUUUAUGCAACCCCAGAGGAAAAAGUGCAAUAUGUUGUUUUUCUCCUAAAGGGGUAUGCGAGGAGCUGGUGGUCCUCAGUCUCUAGAGUUAAUGGUGAACGAGUUCAGUUCACCUGGGAGGAGUUCCUGAAGGCCUUUAAGACAGAGUUUCUUCCCGAAGCUUUUAUCAGGGCAAAGAACAAUGAAUUUGCCAACCUUAAGCAGGAGAAUAUGGCAGUUACUGAGUACACCAUCAAGUUUGUUCGACUACUCUACUUUGAGGAUGGGUUGGCGGAUACUGAGCAUAAGAAGAAGAUGAGAUACUUGCAUGGUCUGCGCAUAGGAUUAAAAGAAAAGGUCCACAGGGUUGAUGAAGAGAGUAUGGCCACAAUCAAGGAGGCAGCACUUAAGUAUGAAGCCUAUGAAGUUGAGAGCCGAGACGAACACAAGGCCAAAGAAGAGGAGAAGAAGAGGAAGUUUGGAGUAAAUUAUGCUGGACCUCGUUACCCACCCAGGAGAGGUCCUAGCAGUUUUGGGAGAACACAGAGUCAAUCUAUGUCGGGAACAUCAUACAGGGCACCAAUUUCCUCAGCCACACAAUUUCCAUUUUGUCAAGUUUGUCAGAAGAGGCAUCUUGGAGAGUGUAGGAGAUUUUCUGGUGUAUGCUUUCACUGUGGCCAACCUGGGCACAUCAUGAGGGAUUGCCCGCAUGCGAGAGAAGUAAGAGCUACACAGUCCGAGCCUUCAGUGCAAAUGAGUAGAGCCCCAUUCAGGGGUGGUUACCAGGGAGGCCGUAGUGGAUUUCAGAGUGGUCGUGGUGGUUCACAGGGUGGUAGAGGUGGUGGUCGAAAUCAGCCAUCAGGAAGUGGUACGCAGGGUACCAGAGCACAGGGAGCACCGAGGGUUUAUGCAAUGACUCGAGGUGAGGCAGAAGUGGCACCAGAAGUUGUGACGGGUAUGCUUUCUAUCCUUGGCAAGCAAUUAUAUGCUUUGAUCGAUACUGGUUCCUCUCACUCAUUCAUGUCAUAUACGUUUGCACAUAUGCUACGUUUAGUUCCAGAUAAGUUAGGCUAUACCUUAUGUGUUAAAACACCUGUGGGAGAUACCUUGAAGGUAGACUCAGUUAUUAGAAGUUCCUUCAUUUGUGUGGAAGGAGCUUUCCUAGCAGCGGAUUUAAUUCUGCUACCUUUUGAUGAAUUCGAUGUCAUCCUUGGAAUGGACUUUCUGGCAACACAUGGAGCUGUUGUGGAUUGUCAAAAGAAAGAAGUGUUAUUCAGCAUACCAGAUAAAGGUCCUGUUGUAUUCCGAGGCAUUAAGAAAAAGGAGACUCAUGGUUUUCUUUCUGCCUUGGAAGCUUUUCGAUUAGUGAAGGAAGGUUGUGAAGCCUUUCUUGCUCAAGUUACUAUAGUAAAUGAUAAGAAGGUUGAGGAUGUAGAGGUGGUAAGGGAAUUUCCUGAUGUAUUCCCCGAAGAACUUCCCGACCUUCCACCAGAAAGGGAAGUAGAGUUUGAUAUUGAAUUGGUACCUGGCACAACACCAAUUUCAAUGGCACCAUAUAGAAUGGCACCAAUUGAGCUGAAGGAGCUUAAAGAACAAUUGCAAGAAUUGUUAGACAAGGGGUUUAUUCGACCUAGCAUCUCACCUUGGGGUGCACCGGUUUUGUUUGUCAAGAAGAAAGAUGGUUCCAUGAGAAUGUGCAUUGACUACCGGAGGUUGAAUAAGGCGACAGUGAAGAAUCGUUAUCCCCUUCCAAGAAUAGAUGAUUUGUUUGAUCAAUUGCAGGGUGCAUCAGUCUUUUCUAAGAUUGAUUUGAGAUCUGGAUACCAUCAAUUGAAAGUGGCAGAUGGAGCAACCUCAAAGACAGCUUUUAGAACAAGAUAUGGGCAUUAUGAGUUCCUGGUAAUGCCUUUUGGACUCACUAAUGCGCCAGCGGUAUUUAUGGCUCUUAUGAACAGAGUUUUCCAUGAAUAUCUUGAUAAGUUUGUGAUUGUGUUCAUAGAUGAUAUUCUCAUCUAUUCUAAAAGCGAGGAGGAGCACAAAACUCACCUUAGAAUUGUGUUGCAAAUUCUAAGGGAGAAACAAUUAUAUGCAAAAUUCUCAAAAUGUGAGUUUUGGCUGAAGGAGGUAAUAUUUCUGGGACAUGUAAUUUCUGGAAGAGGUGUCGAGGUGGAUCCGGAAAAGGUGGAAGCAGUGGUGAGUUGGACUCCACCAAAAGAUGUGUCGGAGUUGAGAAGUUUUCUUGGCAUGGCUGGUUAUUAUCGGCGGUUCGUAGAAGGAUUUUCCAAAAUUGCUGCACCAUUGACUAAACUGUUGAGGAAGAAUACCAAGUAUGUUUGGGAUGAAUCAUGUCAAAAGAGUUUUGAUGAACUGAAAAAGAGAUUGACCACAGCACCAGUACUUGCACUACCUUCAAGUCAGGGAGAGUUUGUGGUGUAUAGUGAUGCCUCGUAUCAAGGAUUGGGCUGUGUGUUAAUGCAAGAUGGAAGAGUUAUCGCAUAUGCCUCUAGGCAAUUGCGUCCUCAUGAAGUAAAUUAUCCCACUCAUGACUUAGAAUUGGCAGCGGUGGUAUUUGCUCUCAAGAUUUGGCGACAUUAUUUGUAUGGUGAGACUUUUAAAAUUCUAACUGAUCACAAAAGCUUGAAGUAUAUUAUGGAUCAGAAGGAUUUAAAUAGUCGCCAGAGGAGAUGGAUAGAGUUGUUGAAAGAUUAUGAUUGUACCAUUGAUUACCAUCCAGGUAAAGCUAAUGUAGUUGUUGAUGCUCUGAGCAGAAAGGGGAAGAAGAAUAUAAAUGAUCUGGUUGAUUUGAGGGCAAUGAAUGUUGAUUUGGAAGUGGAUGGUGUAACAGGGUUACUAGCUCGGUUGAACAUUCGACCUUUGUUGCACGAAAAAAUUCGUGAGAAGCAGAAGGAGGACCUAGAGUUGGUAAAAAUCAUUCAAGACAUUGAGGAAGGAAAAGAAAGCCCAUUUGAAAUGGUAGAUGGCAUGUUGAAGAUUAAUGGAAGAGCAUGUGUUCCUAAUGUUGAUAACUUGAGGAAAGAGAUCCUAGAUGAAGCUCAUUCUUCUGCUUAUGCUAUGCACCCAGGAGCAACUAAAAUGUAUCACACGAUCAAACCAUAUUUUUGGUGGCGUGGGAUGAAAAAGGAAGCGGCUGAACAUGUUUUCACAUGUCUGGUAUGUCAGAAAGUUAAGGCAGAACAUCAAGCUCCUGUGGGAAAACUGCAACCACUUCCAAUUCCAGAAUGGAAGUGGGAAAGAAUCACAAUGGAUUUUGUAUAUGGUCUCCCAUCAUCAAGGGGAAAAGAUGCAGUAUGGGUUAUUGUGGACCGACUGACCAAAUCGGCUCACUUUUUACCCAUUAGGUGGAAACCAUCACUGGAGACUUUGUCUCAACUAUAUAUUAAGGAGAUCGUCAGAUUGCAUGGUGUACCAAUUUCUAUUGUCUCUGAUCGAGACCCAAGCUUCACAUCUCGGUUUUGGCAAAGUUUACAUGAUGCCUUGGGAACUAAACUGCAUUUUACUUCAGCUUAUCAUCCUCAAACAGAUGGGCAGAGUGAACGAACCAUCCUAACUUUGGAGGAAUUACUUCGAUCAUGUGUAAUGCAAUGGGAGGAAUCAUGGAUUGACCAUUUGCCCUUAAUUGAGUUUGCUUACAACAACCAGUACCAUAGUAGCUUGGGUGUUCCACCAUAUGAAGCACUUUAUGGGAGGAAGUGUAGAACACCAUUAUGUUGGGAUGUAGAAGGAGCAAGGCAAAUCUCAGGGCCAGAGAUAGUUCAGAUCACAGUUGAUAAGGUCAAGGAAAUCAGGGAGCGUUUGAGGGUGGCUCAAGAUCGACAGAAAGUUUAUGUUGACACGAGUAGGCGUGAAGUUAAUUUCGAAGUGGGUGAGAAAGUAUUUCUCAAAGUGUCACCCUGGAAAGGCGUAAUGAGAUUUGGUAAGAAAGGGAAACUUGCACCUCGGUAUAUUGGACCCUAUGAAAUCACAGAGAAGAUUGGACCAGUGGCAUAUAAACUAGCAUUGCCUCCAGAACUAUCUCAAAUCCACAAUGUAUUUCAUGUUAGUAUGCUGAAGAGGUACAAAGUGGAUCCUUCCCAUGUCAUACAACCGGAAGAGAUCGAGUUGGGUCCAGAUUUAAACUUUGAGGAGGUUCCAGUUGAGAUUGUUGAUUUUCAGAUUAAGACUCUUCGCAGGAAAGAAAUUCCAAUGUUGAAAGUGGUGUGGAGAAAUCAAGAUAGUGAGAGUGCUACAUGGGAAACUGAAGCAAGUAUGCGAGAGAAGUACCCUGAGUUAGUAGCAACCUACUUUGCAGGUUAACAAUCUUGCCUAAUAAGUUAUGUUUUCAGCU